AUGGCUCACCGAGUGGCUCUGAUUUUGGGUGCUGGACCAAACGUUGGGUUCAGCGUUGCCAAGGCAUUCGCAGCGCAAGGCUACAAAGUGGCGAUUGCUUCGCGGUCCAAAAGAGACGACGCGGACAUUAAGCAAUAUCUCCAUAUCCAGGCGGACUUUUCUGAGCCGUCAUCGAUCGAGAACAUAUUUGCCACGGUGAUCAGCGAACUCGGUCAUCCGAGCGUUGUGAUUUACAAUGCUGCUGCAUACAGCCUGGACCCGGCAACUACUUUGCAGCAGCAAAUCGCCGCCUUUCAGCGCGAUAACAAUAUCAACAUUGUGUCCACAUAUGCCGCGACCCAGUUAGCCAUCAGGUCUUUCGCUGUUCUCCCCCCGGAUUCAUCCAAAACGUUCAUUUAUACCGGAAACAUGCAACGCUUGAUGGUCAUACCACCUUUGCUGUCCCUGGGAGUUGGUAAAUCUGGAUCUGCACAUUUGAUACACUACCUAUCAGAAGAGCACAAGAAGUCCGGCUACAACUUUUACUUCGCGGACGAGCGCAAAUUCGACGGAAACCCGGUAUAUGGCGCUAUCAGUGGCCCGGCCCACGGCGCUUUCUACACGGAGCUUGCUGCUCAGAAGGCUCAAGGGCCAUGGAACGCAACCUUUGUCAAGGAUAAAGGCUAUGUUGCUUUUCCGGAAGCUGUGGUAUCCGGGUUUCCGGCCAAUAAAACUUGA